ACGAGCAGGAGGAGGCGGCAGGGAGGAGAAGGGAGGGAGGGGAGCAAUGGCGUACCGGGCGGAGGACGACUACGACUACCUGUUCAAGGUGGUGCUGAUCGGGGACUCCGGCGUGGGCAAGUCCAACCUGCUCACCCGCUUCACGCGCAACGAGUUCAGCCUCGAGUCCAAGUCCACCAUCGGCGUCGAGUUCGCCACGCGCAGCAUCCACGUCGACGACAAGGUCGUCAAGGCCCAGAUCUGGGACACCGCGGGGCAGGAAAGAUACCGAGCGAUCACGAGCGCCUACUACCGCGGGGCGGUGGGCGCCCUGGUCGUCUACGACGUCACGCGCCACGUCACCUUCGAGAACGUGGAGAGGUGGCUGAGGGAGCUCAAGGACCACACGGACGCCAACAUCGUGAUCAUGCUCGUGGGGAACAAGGCGGACCUGCGCCACCUCCGGGCCGUGCCCACCGAGGACGCCAAGGCCUUCGCCGAGAAGGAGGGCACCUUCUUCAUGGAGACGUCGGCGCUCGAGGCGAUGAACGUCGAGGACUCCUUCACCGAGGUGCUCUCCCAGAUCUACCGCGUGGUCAGCAAGAAGGCCCUCGACAUCGGCGACGACCCCGCCGCGCCACCCAAGGGGAAGACCAUCAAUGUUGGCUCCAAGGAUGAUGUGUCCGCCGUGAAGAAAUCCAGCUGCUGUUCGUCUUAGCUCGGGAUGGUUAGCAGAUACUACACUAGGAGGGCACUGUGUUAUUGCAGUCAUAGUGCUCGUUUGUAUUCGUGUGAUGCUGAGUGUCUCACUUCACCAUAUUUUGAUACAUAAAUUUGCUCAAGACUACAGCUCUCUGGUAUAGCUUAGAGAUUUGAAAGUGUGCCCUUCAUUCAAUGUUUUUACCUCUUU